AUGAUCGAGAAGAGCUCGAGCCUGGAGGAUCCCGGCAAGAUCACGACCAUGAUGGUGAGCAACUUGCCCUUGAGGCUCCAGCGGUCGGAGCUCAUGGGCAUGCUUGACGGGUCUGGCUUCGACGGUGUGUACGAUUUCUGUUAUGUUCCGUCCGACUUCCACUCUGGCACGAACAAUGGGCACGCUUUUAUUAAUUUUCACGACCAUGGCACAGCAGUGCGAUUCAAGGAGGCAUGGCACGCCGCCGCACCUUUCCGAGACUAUUCCGACAGCCAGACGCUGAGGGUAGUUCCUGCGCGCAUCCAGGGCCUCAGGGCCAACGCCAAGAUGGCAAGUGUGAUGAUGAACGUGCGCAACCCCAAACACCAUGGGCUUGUUUCACCAAGGAUGAGUCUGUCAACGGCCAGUCGAGACUGGCCGUGA